AUGGGUUUCUGUACAUUUUCAAGGUCUAGCUUUCUUUGUUUGAUCCUUCUAUUUCUUGUUGUUUCUGGAGAAGACAAUGCUCGAAGUUUGAAUGACCGAGCUGCGCUUCUCUCUUUCAUGUCUGGUAUUGAUUCCGACCCGGAGCUGGUUCUUGGGAAUUGGAAUUCUUCGGGUCUGAACAUGUGCAAUUGGACGGGUGUUGUGUGUAACACUGCGAAAGAUCGAGUCGUGCAGCUUGAUCUCAGUAGUCGAUCAUUGGGAGGGAUUAUUUCUGCAGCUCUCUCGAAUUUGUCUUUCUUGUCUGUGCUUGAUUUAUCGGGCAACUUCUUUCGUGGUUCGAUACCAGUAGAGCUUGGAGCACUUUCCAUGCUCGAACAGCUCAGCUUGUCAUACAAUGUUCUUGAAGGGAAGAUUCCUGUUGAAUUUGGGUUUCUUCGGAACUUAGUUUAUCUUGAUUUGUCUAGUAAUAGGCUUGUGGGUCAGAUUCCGGAGUCACUUUUCUGCAAUGAUUCCUCUUUAUUGGAAUAUAUAGAUUUGUCUAACAAUUCUCUUAGCGGGGAGAUCCCUCUAUGGAAUCACUGUAAGUUAAUUAAUUUGAAGUAUCUUCUACUGUGGUCCAAUCGGUUGGUGGGUCAGAUUCCUCCGGCCCUUGCAAACUCGACGAAGCUUGAAUGGCUUGAUUUAGAAUCGAACUCUCUAACCGGAGAGUUGCCAGCGGCAAUUGUGGAUAAAACGCCACGGUUGCAGUUCCUGUAUUUGUCUUACAACAACCUCAUUAGUCAAAAUGGUAACACUAGUCUUGAACCCUUCUUCUCUUCUCUUGUUAAUUGCUCUAACUUUCAAGAACUCGAAUUAGCGGGAAAUAAUCUGGGUGGACAGUUACCUUCUGUUAUUGGUAAUCUUUCUACUACUUUUACACUACUUCAUUUUGAAGAGAAUCUUCUAACUGGCUCCAUUCCUCCAAGUAUUUCCAAUCUUGUGAACCUCACCCUCUUGAAUUUGUCUAGCAAUCUCUUGAAUGGAUCGAUUCCACCUGAGUUGUGCAGAACUGGAAGACUGGAGAGGUUCUAUUUAUCGAACAACUCUCUGACUGGUGAGAUCCCUUCGGCUUUGGGCGACAUUUCCCACUUGGGUCUUCUAGAUUUGUCGAGAAACAAGCUCUCGGGUUCAAUUCCAGAUAGUUUCUCAAAUCUUUCUCAGCUAAGAAGACUCAUGCUCUAUGAAAACAAUCUGUCAGGACCAAUACCUCCGAGUCUAGGUAAAUGCAUCAACCUAGAGAUUUUAGAUCUUUCUCAUAACAAACUUUCUGGGUUGAUUCCAAGUGAAGUUGCAGGAUUGAGUAGCCUGAAACUGUACUUAAAUUUAUCAAGCAAUCUCUUGCAAGGGCCUCUGCCAUUAGAGCUCAGUAAAAUGGACAUGAUUUUGGCCAUUGAUCUUUCAUCCAAUAACUUUUCUGUCGUAAUCCCACCUCAACUUGGGAGCUGCAUUGCACUGGAGUACCUCAACCUUUCAGAAAAUAGUCUGCAAGGUCCACUCCCAAUCUCCAUUGGCAGGCUGCCUUAUCUUCAAGUGCUCGAUGUAUCUUCGAAUUAUCUGGAUGGGGAAAUCUCAGAAUCUCUACAGGCAUCUCCCACUCUCACAGAACUGAAUCUAUCUUUCAACAACUUCUCUGGGAGCAUAACAAAAGAGGGAGCAUUUGCGACACUGACAGUAGACUCCUUCCAAGGAAAUUCAGGCCUCUGUGGGUCCAUCCCUGGAAUGAAAAACUGUCGGAAGAAACGGAUUCAUCACCUUGUGGUCUUGCCAAUUCUUCUCUCACUGUUUGUAACUCUUACACUGUGCUUCUUUGGGUAUCCAUUACUAAACAAGUCAAAAAGAAGACGCUCAGCAGAAGUAUUUGGUGAUGCUGGUGGGGAGUUGAGUAAAGAGGAAGAAGAAAGAAAUCAGAUGAAGUACCCCAGAAUUUCUUACCAACAACUGAUAGAAGCCACUGACGGGUUCAAUUCCUCGAGGAUAAUUGGAUCAGGUAGGUUUGGUCACGUUUACAAGGGCAUACUCCAGGACAACACCAGAAUUGCAGUGAAAGUCUUCGAUCCUGGGAUGGGUGUAGAGAUCUGUUCAAGCUUUAAAAGAGAAUGCCAAGUACUAGCGAGGACUAGACACAGGAAUCUGAUGAGGAUUAUAACAACUUGUAGCAGGCCAGACUUUAAGGCUCUUGUUUUCCCAUUAAUGGCGAAUGGGAGCUUGGAGACUCAUCUCUACCCAAGCCACAGGUCAAGCCCUGAUCUAAGUUUGGUUCAGUUGGUGAGCAUAUGCAGCGAUGUAGCCGAAGGGGUUGCCUACUUGCACCACCAUUCUCCAGUUAGGGUUGUUCACUGUGAUCUAAAGCCGAGCAACAUACUUCUGGAUGAAGACCUGACAGCUUUGGUAACUGACUUUGGGAUAGCCAGACUGGUGAAGGGUGGUGGCGAGGAGGGGGCCAUUACUCGCACAAUUGAUUCGUCUACCAUGGGCUCCACCGCGGGCCUGUUAUGUGGGUCGGUUGGCUAUAUUGCUCCGGAGUAUGGAAUGGGAAAGCGUGCUUCAACAAAAGGAGAUGUUUAUAGUUUCGGUAUUCUACUGCUAGAGAUUUUGACAGGCAAAAGACCCACAGAUGUGCUGUUUCACCAAGAUUCAAGCUUGCAUGAAUGGGUGAAGAGCCAUUACCCGAAUGAUCUUGAACCCAUAAUUGAGGAAGCCCUACUUAGGUUCGUGCCACCAGUAACACCACUAUGCGAUGCAUGGAGAGAGAUCAUCUUAGAGUUGAUUGAGCUUGGUUUGAUUUGUACACAGAACUCUCCUUCAAUGAGACCUUCCAUAUUGGACGUAGCCCUAGAGAUAGGUCGGCUGAAACAGUACUUAGCAAACCCUUGA